GUCUAGUUUGUGAAGAUAAAAGUUACACACUUUUGGGAAAAGCUAUUUAUAGGAUAGAAACCAUCCCACAACAAUGAUGGGUCGGUUGCUACAUAAGUUAGCCAUGAGGGCAGGGACAAAGGUUUUGUCUCCAAUCCUGGAGUUGCCCGAAGGGUCCCGAUCACCUACCCCAGUCAAUGGUGCUUCCAACACAAGUCAAAAGAGAACAGAAAUCCCAAAACUGAGCGAAGAGGAAUGCUUCUUGAAGCAUCUUCAGAGUAUCGAGGCUGAAUACAGACAGGACAUGGAGAAGGUGAGGCGAGAGCUCCGAUUGAUGCAGAGAACAAAUACCCGGAUUGAGAAGGACCUCAAAUUCUAUCAAAAAGAGUACGGCAACUACAAGCGAAUCUGGCACAUUAACCAGCCCAAGCUUCUGGACCUAAAGAUGAAUCUGGUCAAAACCAACCGCUGA